GCAAAGAUGAAGGCAUACUGGUUCGACAACCUCCCCGGCGACCAACGCGAACCCCACGACUCCGGGCGUGUGGUCUCCCCAGACUACCUCUCCAAGCUGGGCAUCCUGCACUUCAACUACUCCUCCGAAGACGACGUCAACGCCCUCGCGGCCUCGCGCCACUACAAAAACCGCGACACCAUCACCAUCUCGCCGACGACCAUGGGCGCCGCCUACGAGGAGAAAGUGCGCAACUUCUUCCACGAGCACCUGCACGAGGACGAGGAGAUCCGGUACAUCCUCGACGGGGGCGGCUACUUCGACGUGCGCAGCGAGGGGGAUGAGUGGGUGCGGAUAAAGCUCGAGAAGCACGAUUUGAUGAUCAUGCCCGCGGGGAUUUAUCAUCGGUUUACUACGGAUACAGAGAAUUAUACCAAGGCCAUGCGGCUGUUUAAGGAGGAUCCGAAGUGGACGCCGCUGAAUCGGGGGAGCGAGACGGAGGAGAAUCAGUAUAGGCGGGAGUAUUUGAAAUUGAGGGAGGGGCUGGGUGCGGGUGUUGCGGCGAACUAAGGGCCUAGUUGAGGAUUUGGGAUGGUAGUCUGUGCAUAGGUGUUCGACACGGCAACAUAUGUUUGUCUGUGUGAUUUUGCGUCUAUUAGCGGUUCAAAAGCCUGCGGACAUGAGAGUACAUUCCUAGGUACGAGUGAUGAAAUGCAGGUAUGGUAAGACACCAAGAGUGCAGAGCUUAAGAUCUAUUAUUGCUUUGUGAAGCUACACCCGGUACCGCUAUUAGCCCAUGCAAGCUUGACCUACUCCAAUACGCAUCCAAAGCAAAAGUGAGAGUGCAAUGAAGUCCACAAGGAUCGCCACUACCAGUCCCCGAGGCUACAUGCUCUAUCAUCAUUCUCACUCCUUAGGCAAAACCUCAAUAUGCUCGAUCUCCUUCGCGCCAAUCUCCCUCACCUCCCCAU